AUGGCCGGCAUCGAGAGGCAGGUGGCUGUUUGUGGUCAGAUAGAGACUUGGAUGAUGGCUUCUCCUUUGUCCAAGAGGAUGGAUCCUCAUGGAUUCGUCUUUGCAUCCAAAGGGAGGGGAGCCCCGGGCGCUGAGGAGCGGGAGGCGUCGGCGUCGCGCCCGUCGGACCCGCGGGGGGCUUUCGGGCGGGGUGCGGGCGCGACCCCGCGGGGUCCCGGGCUAGGCGCGGGGGGCGGCCCCCCAGACGGGCUGCGCCCGAAGCGCGUUCGCCGGGCGUUUUCCGGCCGAUUCUCACGAGCGUUCUGCCCAAACCGGGAUCGGUUUGGGCAGAAC